UCUAUCUCUAUCUUAAAUAUUAUUGUUGUGGUUCCCCACAACCCAGAACCCAUCUUUUCUUUUGAACUGCCUCCAGCGAAUACCCAGCUCUUCCUUCUAAGUUCUACCCACUCUAUAGUCACUACCCCAGAAACAAAGGAAGUGAAGCUUAAAGAUUCUGAAACCAACAAGACAAGUGAUUCAAGUGAACUACCAAUGUCGACUUCCAUGUCCAACAACUCAACCCACCUCCUCCUCCUCCUCCUUUUCGUCUCCGGCGUUGCCGUCAUCACUCCCAUCCUCGCCACCGACCACAUUGUGGGUGCUAAUCGUGGCUGGAACCCAGGGAUCAACUACACCCUCUGGGCCAACAACCACACUUUCUAUGUUGGGGACUUCAUUUCAUUCAGGUACCAAAAGAACCAGUACAAUGUGUUUAUGGUCAACCAAUCUGGGUAUGACAACUGCACCCUGGAUAGUGCAGUAGGGAACUGGAGCAGUGGCAAGGACUUCAUACUCUUCAAUAAAUCCGGGAGAUACUACUUCAUUUGUGGAAAUGGCCAGUGCUUCAAUGGGAUGAAAGUCACUGUUCUCGUCCAUCCUCUGCCCACGCCAACAGCUUCUCCAUCUCCCAAGAAUUCUACAUCAGACUCUGCUGGCCCAGUGGCUCCACGACUGGGAUUUCGUGUUUUGGUGACGUCCUUGGCAGUGAUGUGGUUUGGAGGUGGGUGGGUCUAGUGCUUGUGGUGCGCUUUGUGUUGUUGAAGCUGUGUAACUCAGGGAAGUGUACAAUUUAUUCUUUUCUUUUUUGUUCUUAGUUUUAAGGAUUUCUUUGCUCUUGGUUUAUGUUCUUUGGAUAUUUAUCUCAUAUGAUUUGGGCUGAACUCUCUUAAACUUUUCCUUUC